CCGUCCCUUGUACGUGACGCCACGAAAUACUGUAGAGACCGGCUCCCUCCUUUCUUUAUUGACGCCAGAUCCUUCCAGAUGUGCCAAGUAAAUGCCGGCUCUCUCCUCAGGCGAGGCCAUCAAGGGCUUGUUCACGUGCGCGUGUCGAGUGAGGAUGGCCGUUUUUGGAUCCGAGUCUCCGGUGCGGCUGCAGCGGAUUUUUUUUUCUCGCAUGUUCGUCAGUGUGUGAAAUUCACUGCCUGUGCUCACUUUCGAUAAAAGGGCUGCUUCGACCUCUCGCUUCUCUUUUCUCUUUCGCCAACAACCGCCUUCUUCACCACCACCUCCACCUUCACUUGUACAUACACACAUUCACUCCACAUAUUUUUUACAACGCACUGCACAUAUCAAAGAAUCCCCAUUCAUAUCCUUAUUCACCUGUACAUCUAAGACAUUCUUACACAUCAUGUAUCGUCUGACCUCGCUUGCAAAGAGUGGGUGGCACACUGCUGUUCGCUCCCCAGCACUGCAGCGUCGUGCGUAUUCGGCAGCCAUCCAAGGACCCGUUGUCGGAAUCGAUCUGGGCACAACCAACUCGUGCGUCAGCGUCAUGGAGGGCAGGACCCCCCGCGUCAUCGAAAACGCAGAGGGAGCCCGCACCACGCCUUCGGUCGUUGCCUUCACCAAGGAGGGAGAGCUCGUCGUCGGGCAAGCUGCCAAGCGUCAGGCGGUCGUUAAUCCUGAAAACACUAUCUACGCCGUCAAGCGUCUCAUCGGACGCAAGUUCGAGGACGCUGCUGUCCAACAUGAUAUCAAGACUGUUUCCUACAAGAUCGUCAAGGCCGACAAUGGCGAUGCCUGGGUUGAGGCUCGUGGCAAAAAGUACUCGCCCUCCCAGAUCAGCGCCUUUAUCCUCGGCAAGAUGAAGGACACUGCCGAUGGCUACCUAGGAAAGAAGGUCAGGCACGCCGUUAUUACCGUCCCUGCCUACUUUAAUGAUGCUCAGCGACAGGCGACCAAGGAUGCUGGAACAAUCGCAGGUCUUGAUGUGCUGCGUGUCAUCAACGAGCCCACAGCAGCAGCAUUGGCAUUCGGACUGGACAAGACCGCAGACAAGACCGUGGCUGUUUACGAUCUGGGCGGAGGCACGUUUGAUAUCUCUAUUCUCGAAAUUCAAAACGGUGUCUUUGAGGUCAAGUCCACGAACGGUGACACAGCCUUGGGAGGUGAGGAUUUCGAUGCCAUGCUCGUCAAAUAUGUCGUCGGUGAGUUCAAGAAGGAUCAAGGGCUUGAUCUUUCGACCGAUCGCAUGGCCAUCCAACGUAUUCGUGAGGCUGUCGAGAAAGCCAAGAUUGAGCUCUCGAGCACUGUCCAGACGGAUAUCAACCUGCCAUACAUCACCGCUGACGCCACUGGCCCAAAACACAUCAACUUCAAGCUGACCCGAUCCAAGUUUGAGGAGCUGGCAGGAAGUCUGAUCAACCGCACGAUCGAGCCUUGCAACAAGGCCAUCAAGGACGCAGGAGUGAAUGUUAAGGACGUGGACGACGUUGUUCUUGUUGGAGGAAUGUCGCGCGUGCCCAAGGUUAUCGAAACUGUGAAGCAGAUCUUCAAGCGGGAGCCCGGUAAGAGCGUAAACCCCGACGAGGCCGUUGCUAUCGGUGCAGCUAUCCAGGGCGGUGUUUUGGCUGGAUCGGUGACGGAUAUUCUCUUGCUUGAUGUCACACCACUCUCACUUGGAAUCGAGACCCUUGGAGGAGUCUUUACGAGACUGAUCAAUCGCAACACGACCAUUCCCACGAAGAAGUCGCAGGUCUUCUCAACUGCAGCGGAUGGUCAGACUCAGGUCCAGAUCAGAGUCUUCCAGGGAGAGCGUGAGCUCGUUCGUGACAACAAGCUGCUGGGCGACUUUAAUCUUCAUGGCUUACCACCAGCUCCCAAGGGUAUCCCCCAGAUCGAGGUCUCGUUCGAUAUCGACGCCGACGGUAUCGUGAAUGUUGGAGCCAAGGACAAGGCGACGGGACGCGACCAAUCGAUGUCGAUCGUGGCAUCUUCAGGAUUGUCGAAGGAUGAGAUUGAGAAGAUGGUCCAGGAUUCGGAGCGGUUUGCGGAGUCUGAUCGUAAGAAGAGGGAUCAGAUUGAGGCAACGAACCACGCAGAAUCGGUGAUUUCGGAGACGGAGAAGAACAUGGAGGAAUUCAAGAGCCAGCUCGACGCAUCCGAGUCCGAGAAGAUCAAGGAGCAAAUCUCGAAGUUGCGCGAUGUUCUGCAGAAGGCCGAGAAUCUGGAGGCGGAAGACAUUAAGAAGGAGACCGCUGAGCUGCAGCAGGGAAGUCUCAAGCUGUUCGAAAUGGUAUACAAGAAGAAUGCCCACAGCCAGGGAUCCUCGGGAUCUGAUCAGGAUGGACCCACAGUCGACAACGAGCCACCCAAGAAGGACUAAGAGGACUAAGAGGACU